AUGUCAGACAAUACAACUACCCCGGCAACCACCAAUGCCACGGCAACCACCAAUACCACGGCAACCACAACUGCACUAGAAAAUACAACUACCCCGGCAACCACCGAUACCCCAGCAACCACCAAUACCACGGCACCCACCAAUACCACGGCAACCACCAGUACCCCGGCACCCACAACUACAGUAGUAAAUGCCACUACCCCGGUACCCAAUAAUACGACAGUAAAUGCCACUACCCAAAUACUCACAACUUCGACAGGAGAUGCCUCUGCUACACCAUCUGCAUCUGCUACUACAGGAACUCACUCUUCCACAGCUCCCCCAGUGACAACAAAACUACCCGUUACGACAGCACCCCCAGCUACAACAGAAGCACCUCUGCCCUGUGCAAAUAAACCAUGUCGUAGCAGUGCUAAGUGUAUUAACCUACAUCCAGGUUAUACGUGCGAGUGCCUGGACGAAUACUACUACACAACAUUAGGAUGUCAGGAAGGGAAAGUAUUCCCUGGACAGUUUACACUGAAAAUAACGUAUACCGACAGCAUGGCAAAUGAAAACACUCCGGAGUAUGGGGAUUUAUACAGAAAUAUCACAGAUUUUUUCAACACAACUUUCAGAAAUGAGACAGACUAUGAACAGACGAUAAUAGAGAAUGUAAAACAAAGUUCAGCAAAAUCUAAAAUACAGAGUAAAGCGGAGAUCAGUGGAACUAGUGUGACAGUAAGGAACAUGUUUACAGUGACCACAAAAUUAACCCCUGAAAAUGUUACUAACCUCAUAAAAGACGCAAUGAAGGACAAUACCAAUUUCAAAAUUGAAAGCUAUCAAGCACUUUCCCAAUGUGACAUUUAUCAGUGUGAUGAGGCAACUACUACUUGCAAGGAAAAUGAUGGAAUAACGUGUGAAUGUAAACCAGGAUUUUCUAAGAAGAACCCACGAGACAAAAGCUGUUUAGGUUGUGAUAACACAUGUUCUAAAGAAAAUCACAUGCAUUGUGUUACGGAUAGCAACAGUGCCCCAGUUUGCCAAUGUCUUCCUAAUUUCCAAAACAAAGAUGGAAACUGCGUGGAGUGUGAUGUGGGCUACUCUGGAGUAAACUGUAGCAACAAUUCCUUGUUGAUCCUUAUCAUUGUGGCUGUCCUGUGUGGGGCUCUUAUCCUGGGCUUAAUUGCAGGACUCGUUGUCACUUCAGUGAGAGCAAAUAAAAGCCAAAGAAGUCCAGAGAAGAGGCAUUUGCUGACAGAGGACUAUUCAAAUAAAAGAGACACACCUGGACAUAUUUCUGCCAUCAACUCUGCUGCAAAUGACAAAAUCUUUCCCAGAAUCCAGACUAGCAAUGCUGCUCAAGUCAACCGAGGGUUUGAGAUAAGCAACCCUUAUGAGAUGGGACCACCAACAAGGAAACUUCCUGAGAGGGAUUAUGAUGAUGAUGAGUAUGAAAUGUCAUCAAGGAGUGAUGGCUUCAGGCUUCAGCGCAAAUACUGAAUUUAAGCAGAACAAGAGACCGGCAGCUUGAAGAGAUAGGAGAACCAUGACAACAGACCAUGGUAGAUGGGUUCUGCAGCUUCAUCACCUAGCAGAGGAUUUUGGUUGGGUGGCAAUUAGAAUGCUUAAAAUGACUACAAAUUCUGCAGACGACUUUUUAAAUGAAGACGACAAUCUGAAGGAGACCUCUGUAUAACUAAUCUGCUUAAAUAAAUGAAAAUUAAAGUGGGGAUGAGAUGUAUUUAAGGACCCUAUGGGCUUGUCCAUCACAGAUUGUGUGUACACAAGAUUUUUUCAGGAAGCCUCUCACCAAUGCAGCUCUAGCAGUGGCAGCAGUGGUGGGACAGCUAGCAUAUACAGGGCACCAGCAUUUUAACCACCAUGUUGUCUAACCCUGUUCAGAGAAGGUCCAGAUGACAUGAUGAUGACAGCCAGCUGUGCUGGUCUGCACCAGCACCCUUGCCAUUGCUACCCUGGGCAAAGAUGUGUUAACAUCAUGGAAAACUGCCACACAAAAAAAGUAGUGUGAGUCCAGGCUACAAAGAACAGUCUCCCAGAUUUCAUACUGCUUUGGGUUCCAAAUAGAUAGCGCUGUCUUGGGAACAUUCAAACAGACGAGCUCCAAUCUCAACUGGAGCCCCUAAGUGUUACUAUAAAACAAAAAAUAAAAGAUCUGGUUUCAGAUUCCAGCUCUUGCUUGCCACAUCCCCUUCAUGUUGGAAGGUCUUCAGUUCCAUGAGACCCAGAUCGAGGCCGGAGUCUGGUGGCCAGAGCCAGGGCUUUGGUUUGAACCCAUUUACAUUUCCCUCCUCAUACAAUGGCAGGGCCAAUACCUCCCAACGGUGCCUUUUACCAGAGCUAUAGCUUGCCAUCACAUGCAGUUUGUGAUCACUUCAGCUUCUCUGGACCUCAGGCUGGCAUAAAGCAUAUUUCUAUUAAGCUUCCUGAAAAGAAUUGUUACUUGGCUUUUUUCCCCCUUAUUAUUUUUAGUUUAUCGUGCGAUUUCACUGUCUUUUUACGUUCAGUAAAUCUUUUAAAAAAUGAUACCUACUUCAUAUUUUAAUGUGUAAUUUAUCAGAUAAUUAAUGACUCUAAUGAUUAGCGCUAGCAUUUCAAACUCUGUAUAUAUAUUUAAAUAGGUUAGGUGCCUAUAAAGUAUAAUUUAAUUUAAUUACAAUGUUAUGGUUUGUGAUUUGUGUUCUUGGGACUAACGAACUAACUUGUGUUCUAUUAAACACAGCACCUGCUCAAUAAACUUUCAUAUAAUGCUGUUCAGA